UUACAACAACCCCACGCUUGAGUCAGCUGCGCCGUCUCCACAUGUGGAUUACUGGCAGAAAGAGAGGGACGAGCUGUCAGUGAGAGCUCCUGCAGUGGUCUGACUGAAACUUCGGGCUCCUGUCGUAUUAUUUUGAAGCUUGUGUUAAUGACAGAGCGGAAUCGGUUCCUCUUUACUGACUCUUCAGCUGCCUGUUCACGGUGUACGGCUCUUGCUUCUCGGUACAUGGCGACAUUUCUGUCCUUCUUGUUGUGUGUCAGUGUGUGAUUCAACUCGGUGCCAAUGAGCGCAAGUCACAGCUUGUGUGAAGUUCAUUAUAAGCAACAGGAGCAGCAGCAGCAGAGAAGGAAGAAGAAAGCCUUAUAAGGAGCACAAGCAGCGGACAAAGUUGGAUUAUUGUCGGGCGGAGGGCUUCUUCAGUUUUCCUCUUUGUUAGGUUUUAUUUUAACCGCUGGAAGUUAUGACUUCGGUGUGGAAAAGACUGCAGCGAGUUGGUAAAAAGGCUUCAAAGUUUCAGUUCAUCGCUUCUUACCAGGAACUCGUUUUGGAGUGUACCAAAAAAUGGCAACCAGACAAGCUGAGGGUGGUGUGGACCAGGAGGAACAGACGAAUGUGUUCCAAGCUCCACAGUUGGCAACCUGGAAUCAAGAACCCCUACAGAGGCAUGGUAGUGUGGCCUGUCCCGGAAAACAUCGACAUCUCUGUUACUCUCUUCAAGGAUGCCAAUGCUGAUGAAUUUGAAGACAAAGAAUGGACCUUUGUCAUUGAGGGUGAAAAUAAGGGUCACCGUAAGGUGCUGGCAUCCGCUGACAUCAACCUGAAGCGGUUUGCUAGCCCCACGCUAACCCAGACUGACCUGACGCUGAAGCUGAAGCCACUGUCUGUCAAAGUGGUGGAGGCCACGCUCAAGCUGUCCCUCUCAUGUGUCUUUAUUCGAGAGGGAAAAGCCACUGAUGAAGACAUGCAAAGUCUUGCCAGCUUGAUGAGCGUCAAACCCACAGAUAUCGGCAACCUGGACGACUUCAAUGAGAGCGAUGAAGAAGAGGAUAAGAAGUCUGUGACUGCCACAGUUGUCCCACACACUCUUACCCGUCCAAAUCGCCCUGCUCCCCCUCCACCUGACAAGCGAAACUCCACGGCAUCCACUUUGCCAUCCUCAGCCAGCGGAAGUGAUGGUGGUCCUUCCAGUCUCGCUGUGCACUCCCGGCCUCCUUUACCAAUUGCCCCCCGCCCUUCUCCACGCCGCUCGCGACAUCCCUUGUCCACUACUCCUGUCCAGUCAGAGAUCCAGCCAUCCCCUGGCCCCUCCCCUCAGCCGUCACCCAGGUCCAAGCAUAAGAAAUCUGCCAAUCCUGUUCUUCCUGAAGCUUCUUCUCUGACUGACUCUAAAGCUCCAAGCUCCCAGAUCACAGCAGAUGCUCCUUCAAUCCAGAGUAUGCCUUCUGUCCUUCCUCUGCCUGACGUGCCCGCCCACACUCCAUCUCCUAAAUCCUCUGAAUCUGUGUCUCCUUUACCUCCUGCCUCACUGGUGUCAGUUCCUGUGAAUUCUUCAUCCAGUUGCAAUGAAGGUGCUGCAGACUCAAACACACCCUCUUCUCUGUUCUCAAAGCCUGCCUGUGCACCUCCCACGAGCAUUUCUUCUGUACCUCCCAAACUUCCCUCCACUUCACCGUCGUCACCUGAGCCCAUUGUAACAUCAUCUUCCAUCACUUUACAGAAGUCUUCACUAACCGUAUCUACGUCUCUCCCGCAUAAACCCAAAUCCACUGGCUCCCAGCCCCUUUCUAUCAAAUCUUCCUUCCCAACAAAAUCUACCCUGUCCUCUGAACCUCCAUCAUCUCACCCUCCACUCACCUGGACCAUCUCUCAGCCUCCUUCUCUGCCUAAAAUCUUCCAGUCAGGCUCUGCAAAAGCUCCUGUUUCAUACCAGCGGCGCCCCCCAGAGGUUCAAACUGCAGAUGAUUCUGCUUCAGCCUCUGGACAUUCUCACAUUUUCAGACCUCAAAUUGUCAAGUCAGUCGCCCGCCCCACGUCUCCCUCUCCUUUUUCUUCUGAUGCCCCUCUUCUUUCAUCCGUACCCCCUCUUCCAAAAUCUCCCACCUCUAGCUCAGAGUCAGGUGCUCACGGAGCAAAGUUGAAAUCUGACUCUGUUAGAGCUGAUGGGGACAUCGCCCCUGUUCCUCUGUUAACUAGUCCUGAUCUUGAUGCCCUCUGUGACCCAGUGGCUCCAGUCUGUCCUGCUUCUAUCCUCUACACUUCACCCGCUCAAUCCUCUUCUCUACCAAAGCCUGCCUUUUUCUCCUCACCUCUCACUGUAACUCGUCCUUCUGCUCCUCCAGCACAUACCAGCUCCAGUCGGUCAGGGUUAACAUUCCCCCUCGCUCAGGUGGAUGAGGAAACGACCUCAGCAGUGAAAGAAGCAGCCGCAAGCCCUCUGCACCAAUCCAAGGAUUCCCCCAAAAACAAAGGGACGGCUUUACACAGCAAGCUGUCCACUCAGCCAGUCAGAGCAGCCCAGGAUUCAAAGGUGACCAUCGCAGAAAACAAAGUCGGACCAGUGCGGAUCAGUCCUCCCCAGACCCGCUCAGAGCUGAUCAUAGCGCCACCCCCUCCUUGGCCCUUUGCUUCCUGCGAGCGCGCCACUCCCCAGCAGCCCUCCACCACUGUCGUGGCAGCAUUUAUAACUCCUAAACAGCCCAAUGUUCCAGAGCAAAUUGAUGUUAAAAAGCCUUCCAGUGAGAGUAUUAGUAGCUCCAUUAACACAGAAAAGCCGCCCUUGGCAAAGCCAGAGCCAGAGCCUGACUUUGAUGAUGUCAUCUUUGAGUCGCCUAACCAGAGACAAGAAUCAAGGGGUUUGUUUCUGGAAGAGGAUGACUCUAAGCACGAUACUAUCAAAAGGUGUCCCCCAGGUCUUGAACAAAAAACCAAUGAAAAGAAGUACGGAGAAAAGCAAUUAGAGGAAGCAGCAAUCGCAAAGGAGCAGGAGAAGCAGAGGGAGGCAGAAAUUCAAAAGAAACAAGAGGAGGAAAGGAGGCGAAAAGAGGAAGCGCAAAAGGCCAUGCUCUUAAAGCAAGAAGAGAUGAGAAAACAUGAGGAAGAGAAGAAGAGACUGUUAGAAGAGGAGAAGAAGAGACUCUUACAGGAGGAGGAAGAGAUCAAGAAGGAGAAGGAAAGGAUGAAACGUGAGGAGGAGAGACUCCUGAAGGAGAAGAAAGAGAAACAGGAGAAACUGAGGGUAGAAGAGGAGAUGAGGAAGCGAGAUGAGGAGGAGAGGAGAAAAAGAGAGGAAGAGAGGAGACUCCUGGAGCUGGAGGAGGAAAAGGAAAAACUCCAGAGGGAGGAGGAGAGAAGACUUGAAAGAGAAAGAUUCAUCAAAAAGAUGAAGGAAGAGGAGGAGAAAAAGAUAGAGGAGAGGAGAGCAGUUGAGGAGCAAAGUAAAAGAAGGGAGGAAGAGAAAAAGAGGCUCGCGGAGGAAGAGGAAAAAAGAAAGGUGGAGGAGAAACGCUUGAAAGAGGCCAAAGAGAAGGAGCAGCAGAAAAUAAUAGAGGAGGAAGAGAGAAGAAAAAGGGAGGAAGAGGAGAAAAAACUCAAAGAGUCAGAGGAGAGAAAGAAGAGAGAAGCAGAAGAAAAGGAGAGACGACUCAAAGAGGAGAGAGAGAAGGAGAUAGAAAGGAUGGAGAGGAAGAAAAAGGAAGAGGAAGAGAAAAGACGUGAAGAGGAGGAGAGGAGAGAGAGGCUCUUAAAGGAGCAGAAAGAAAAUGAGAGGAUACAAAGGGAGGAAAUGGAGAGAGUUAAUAGGGAAGAAGAAGAAAAGAAGAGACAACUACAAGAGGAGAUGAGAAGGCAGGAGGAGAGGAGAGAGAGGCUCAUAAAGGAGCAGAAAGAAAAGGAGAGGAUACAAAGGGAGGAAAUGGAGAGAAUCAAAAGGGAAAAAGAAGAGAAGAAGAGGCGACUUCAAGAGGAGCUGAGGAUGCAGGAGGCAGAGAAGAAGAAAAAGGAGGAGGAGGAGAGAAAAAAGAAGGAAGAUGAGGUGAAGAGGCAGAGAGAGGAGAAAGAGAAAGCUGAAAGGAAAGUGAAAGAGGAAGAAGACAGGAAAAAGAAUGAAGAAAAACAAAAGCAGAAGCUGCAGGAGGAGGAGAUAGAGAGAAGAAAGAAGAAGGAGGAGGAGGACAGGAGGAGGAGGGAGGAGGCUCGAGCAGCAUCGGUCUGCAGGCUGGAGGCCAACAGGUCAGAUGAAGACAAAGAAAAGAUGAAAACGGUUUCCUCCUUGUCCAUUUCUGAGUUAAACACACACACGCCCCCUGGCGGUACCAAACACGCCAAUACGGCUCUUAAAAAUGUGACACAAACAAAACUUCCUGCUCCUCACUUCCCUCCGCUGGUCAAAAGCAGCACUGCAUCCAAGCAGCUUCCCUCACAAAUUCCCAACCAAUCACAAGACAGAGAGAAUGCCCCUCCAUCAGUUCGUAAACCAAACUCCAGCGAGCGCUCACACGGAGAGGAUGCUGCUGAGGUGCACAUGCCUGUUAGGCAAGAGAGCCAACCAGUUAAAGCAAAAGAUGGAGAUGCACAUCACAUUGCCGCACCCUCUGCUCAGCCCAGCGCACCGGCAGUUAAAGAGGAGCCUAAAGAGCCAGAGGGACCCAGGGUGGAAUCAGCAACCUCAGUCGAGGUUCCCCCCCGAGAAGCUGACGAGCGCGUGACUCUGGCGCCUGAGCCGCUUCAGCCCUCAAAACCAAAACCAGAACCAGAACUGCGGCCGGAACAAGUUCUUCAUCCAUCAGGAAAACCACAACAGGAGGGAGCAGAUGAGGAGGGAGCAGAUGAGGAGAAACCAGCCGAUGCCGUGCCUGGUGGUCACGAGCAUUUCAUCAACAAUAAGGACCCAGUGUGCGAGGCAGAAAAACAGCUGUGGGCAGCUGUGGAGGAGACCACCACCGAGAUAGGAGUGGAAAAAGGGAUGGAAAGUAGUGAAAGCAAGGAAGCGAAGAAGGAGAAGCUGAAAGAGGAGGAAGGUGUAAUAGGGGGGCCAAAACACCAGCUGGCUGACCUCCCUGAUGGCGUAGUUAAGAAACCACCAUUCCAGCUAGAAGACUCCCCCAGCACAGUCCAUCACUGUGAGAUCACAUCAUCUCGUCUUCCUACUUUACCAGAAGAAGAGACCUCUGACCCCAGGACCCCUGAUCCUGUUACAGUGGUCCGGGAGGAGGCUGAUGGGAAGGACGACACAGCUGAGGAUCUGGUGAACUCCAGCCAAUCGCUGCUUGAGUGGUGUCAGAGCAUCACUAGUGGGUACCAGGGGGUAAAGGUCACAAACUUCAGCACUUCCUGGAGAAAUGGGCUGGCCUUCUGUGCCAUCCUACACCACUUCCAUCCAGACAAAAUAGAUUUUGACCAGUUGGACCCUCAUGAUAUCAAACUCAACAAUAAAAAGGCGUUUGAUGGCUUCGAGGCGCUGGGAAUCUCUCGCCUGCUGGAGCCGUCAGACAUGGUCCUUCUGUCCGUGCCUGACAGGCUCAUAGUCAUGACCUACCUCAGCCAGAUCCGCUCACACUUCACCAACCAGGAGCUCAGCGUGCUGCAGAUAGAGCACAACAGCAGUAAGUCCAGUUACGGCGUCGCCCUCACCGGCCCGACUCCCACGAAUGUGGACGCUGCUGCUUUCUGCAUGGCCAGACUAAAUGAAGGAGUGAGUCUAGAAGAGGGAGGAAGCAGCACGCUGGUGGUCCCGCCACCAAGAGCUAAACGACAGCUUAAAGUGGAGGAGUCCAUAACUCCAGUCCCACCCCCACGGUCUCUUACAAAGGUAGUCAAGCCUGGGCCGGCUCAGGAUGAAAAUACAAUGUCUAACUCUGCAACAGAAAACACGAAUAAUACAGAGUUUCAGCGUGCAGAUGAGCCCCAGCCUCCAAAACAAGACGAGGAAACAAUGUCUCUGCAGGACACCAGCCAGUAUGUGUUGAGUGAGCUGGCAGCAUUGGAGACAGAACAGAAGCACAUCGACAGCAGAGCUGCAGUGGUGGAGAGACGACUUCGAAGUCUCAUGGAAACAGGAAGUGACCGUGAUGAAGAGGAGAGACUGAUCCAGGAGUGGUUCACUCUGGUAAACAAGAAGAACGCUCUGAUCCGCAGACAAGACAACCUGGAACUGCUACAAGAGGAGCAGGAUCUGGAGAGGAGAUUUGACCUUCUGACCAGAGAACUGCGCGUAAUCAUGGCUAUUGAAGACUGGCAGAAGUCACCCGCUCAGCAGCAGAGGGAGCAGCUGCUCCUCCAGGAGCUGGUGUCUUUGGUCAACCAAAGGGACGAGAUCAUCAGGGAUAUCGACACCAAGGAGAGACGGGCCUUGGAGGAGGAUGAGCGUCUGGAGCGUGGUCUCGAAAUGAGGAGGAGAAAAUACAGCAACAAAGAAAAAUGUGUGUUACAGUGAGACGAGUGAGGACAAGCACAAACGGCUUUUAGUACGGAUACUCCAAAGUCCCAAAAGAGUACUUUUUUUUAAAUACAAAGUUGUUGUUUUUUAAGGAUGCUGGGGCUCUGUAUUUUCUUGUAUUUAAAGUGCCUUGAGGACUGCUCUGAGUUUGACACUGCAAAAAAUAUGUCAUCUUGUCUGAUAAAAAAAAGAAAUUCAAAUGUUCAUUAUUUUAAGUGUGUCUUAAUAUAUAAGUAUUGAUUGAUUCUUUUCACCUAUUUUUAUUUAUUUAAAUUAUGUAUCUGACUGUUUUACAUCUAUUGCACAUUUGCUUUUUGUGUGUUUCUGUUUCUAAUCUGUGACUUUCAGUAUUCAAACACUGGCUUAUCCUCCAUUGUGAAAAACGAGGCCAAAAUAUUUGCAGCUUUGAGGGGAAGUUUAGUUUACAGUUGUUUGUAAUCUGCAGGUUUCUAGUAAUGUCACCCUACUUGUCGCUUCCCCGAGGAAAAAGUCCAUAAACACGCCCGAGCAUUUUGGAUAUCAAAAUAGUACGUGGUAAGUCAUGAGCUGGACUCGAAUGCCCAAUGUUGUUAGCGGAGGAUACGUGUUUUCAGAUUCAGGAUGACCCCCUGCAGCCUCAUGGAGCUCAAAGAUGUUUCCAGCCUAAAGUUACACCUUGGUAACUUGCAGUCUUUGUGGAUGUGAUUGCUCACAUCUGCAAUAUUCACAGAAAUCAAAGUGCUUUCCAUUUCUGUGUCGACUACUGCAUGCAUGCUUAUGGAGGUGUGCUAAUAAAGUGGCACUGUGCUCCACAGCGCCACUAUGUAUUCAUACUGUAGCUGCGUAUAAUGAAUCGAGGAUGUUUGUGAUGAUGAAAAUAAAAACAUAUCGGCUGGUU